AUGAGUACCAUUCAAAAUCUCAAAAAUUUCAUACGUCAUGGCAAGCAGGCUCGCAUUGUCACUCCCCACGCCGAACCCACCACCGACGUUUCCCCUGUUCACGCAGAACAACAACGUCAACCACAGGGCUCAUAUCCUCCUGCUGCUGGAAAUCUCGAUGCCAUCGAUAGCAAAUUGGGCCAUGCGCACACUCAUCAGCAACAAACAGAACCCCCGCAGUCGCAACCUCAGAAGUCUCCCGAAAACAAGCAAGCCAGAACUGCCGAGAUUGAACAGAUUGUCGCAGAGGAACGGAGUAGCAGGUCAAAAAUGCCUAAAUACCCUGGCCUCGAGCGAUAUAUCUUACUGGAGAAGAUGGGCGACGGUGCCUUUAGCAACGUUUACCGUGCAAAGGAUACCACGGGCGAGCAUGAUGAGGUGGCCAUCAAAGUGGUGCGGAAGUUCGAAAUGAACAGCCAUCAGCGCGCGAACAUUUUGAAGGAGGUCCAGAUCAUGCGACAACUCGAUCAUCCGAAUAUUGUCAAACUGAUCGAAUUCUCCGAGUCGCGCCAGUACUAUUAUAUCGUUCUGGAACUGUGUCCAGGGGGCGAACUGUUCCAUCAGAUUGUGCGCUUGACCUAUUUCAGUGAAGACCUCAGCCGUCACGUUAUCGUCCAGGUCGCCAAAGCUAUCGAGUACCUUCAUGAGACUUCGGGUGUUGUUCACCGUGAUAUCAAGCCCGAAAACCUCCUGUUCUACCCCAUACCCUUCGUGCCGAGUAAGAACCCAAGGCCUGUCCAGCCCGGAGAUGAGGAGAAGGUGGAUGAAGGCGAAUUCAUUCCCGGCGUUGGAGCCGGUGGGAUAGGCACUAUCAAAAUUGCCGACUUUGGGUUGUCCAAAGUCAUCUGGGAUAGUCAGACUAUGACCCCCUGUGGCACCGUCGGCUACACGGCGCCGGAGAUCGUCAAGGACGAACGGUAUUCCAAGAGCGUCGACAUGUGGGCCCUUGGCUGUGUGCUCUACACCCUUCUGUGUGGUUUUCCUCCGUUCUAUGACGAAAGCAUCCAGGUUCUCACCGAGAAGGUUGCGCGGGGCCAGUACACCUUCUUGUCGCCAUGGUGGGAUGACAUCUCCAAAUCGGCUCAGGAUCUCAUCUCGCACCUUCUGACCGUCGACCCCGAGAAGCGGUAUAGUAUCAAGGAGUUCCUCGCUCAUCCGUGGAUCCGUCAGACAGAUGAAGCGACCGAAGCAGCCGAUGAUGCGCCCCCGCUUGCCACACCACUCGCUAGUCGUCAAGUCAAGCAACAACCCCUGGAUGCGCAAGCAGCCGAUCAGGCACCUUACGCGCCUGUAAGUGCCCGGCUACUGGGUCCCGCUUCCGCAGGUUUAGAUCGUCCCAUAGAUUUCCGGUCCCCUGGUGCGAUCAACCUGCGUGAGGUGUUCGAUGUCGGUUACGCGGUACAUCGGCAGGAAGAGGAAGGUAAACGGCGCAAGAAUUUCCGGCAAGGAUAUCGGGGUGCCAAUCCGACCACCGGGUUCCAGUCGGCUCUUAACCCCCUGAACGAGGACUACGACGACGAAGAGGAUGACAUCACAUUACAACGCGUCCAGAAUGACGCAUACCCUCCGGCGAAGAUUCCCAAAGCCUCUCAGCACGCGGGAGAUGUUGCAGCUAUGGAAGCCAAAUUACGGUCAACGAACUUGGGAGGAGCCCCCAGUCACGCUGCUCAAGCUAGACAGCCGCCUCAGUCUCGACAGCAGCAGGGUUAUGGCACACAUAGCGCGAACGUUGCGGCAGCCGCAAAGCAGAGUAUCGGCCUGAACUCGCGGCAACCGUUCGAGCUGAGCCUCAGCAAUGCGACUCUCUUAGAAAAGAGAGGCAGACGGCAACAGGAUCAGGCUGUCGUCUAA